UCAAUUAAUUAUGACAAGACCUGCUCUCUCCUCUUGUCUAUCCUCAUGUCUCUUUGUCUUUGCCUUGCUUGUGAGUUUUGCCGCAGCAGCCGAAAAUGAACAAGACAAACAGGUGUAUAUUGUAUACAUGGGUGCACUCCCUGCUCGUGUUGACUACAUGCCAAUGUCCCAUCAUGCUAGUAUUCUUCAAGAUGUCACCGGAGAGAGUUCGAUCGAGGAUCGUUUGGUUAGGAAUUAUAAAAGGAGUUUCAACGGAUUCGCAGCCUGGCUAACCGAAUUCGAAAGAGAGAUACUAGCAAGUAUGGACGAAGUUGUGUCUGUGUUUCCAAGCAAGAUACUGAAGCUCCAAACAACGACGUCCUGGAAUUUUAUGGGCCUCAAAGAAGGCAAAAGGACAAAGCGAAACAAUCUUGUAGAGAGCGAUACAAUCAUUGGUGUUAUCGACAGUGGAAUCUACCCUGAAUCGGACAGCUUCAGCGGCAAAGGCUUUGGUCCCCCUCCUAAAAAAUGGAAAGGUGUUUGCGAAGGUGGCAGAAACUUCACUUGCAACAACAAGCUUAUUGGAGCACGGUACUACACACCCAAACUAGAAGGGUUUGCUGAGUCAGCGAGGGACAACAUGGGACAUGGCUCACACACAGCAUCCACGGCAGCUGGAAACGCUGUGAAGCACGUAAGCUUUUAUGGACUCGGUAAUGGAACCGUGAGAGGUGGCGUCCCAGCUGCUAGAAUAGCGGUUUAUAAAGUAUGUGACCCUGGCGUCAAUGGGUGCACCACUGAUGGAAUUCUAGCCGCAUUUGACGAUGCCAUAGCAGACAAGGUAGACCUUAUUACCAUCUCCAUAGGUGGGGAUAACGGUUCACCGUUCGAGGCAGACCCUAUCGCUAUCGGGGCUUUCCAUGCCAUGGCCAAGGGAAUCCUCACUAUAAAUUCCGCAGGAAACAGUGGUCCACAACGUAGCACAGUCUCGAGCAUUGCGCCUUGGAUCUUCACUGUUGCUGCUAGUAAUACAAACCGCGCAUUUGUCACCAAAGUUGUUCUCGGGAACGGCAAGACAGUUGUCGGAAGAUCGGUAAACUCGUUUGAACUUAACGGAAGGAAGCACCCUCUUGUAUACGGGCAAUCAGCUUCAAGUAGUUGCGGUGAUGCUUCAGCCAGGUUCUGCUCACCAGGGUGUCUAGACAGUAAACUUGUGAAAGGAAAGAUUGUGUUAUGCGAUUCCCCGCAAAAUUCAGAUGUAGCUCAAGCUAUGGGAGCCGUUGCAUCCAUUGUUAAGAGUCGCAAUGGAGAUGUGGCAUUAAUCUUCUCUUUUCCAGUGUCUAUUCUAUCGGAAGACGAAUAUAACACUGUCCUCUCGUAUAUGAACUCCACAAUAAACCCCAAAGCAACUGUUCUGAAAAGUGAGACUAUCUUUAAUCAGAAAGCUCCAGUCGUUGCUUCCUACUCUUCUCGUGGCCCAAACACAAUCAUUCCUGAUAUCUUGAAGCCAGAUAUAACAGCGCCUGGAUCAGAGAUCCUUGCUGCUUAUUCUCCUGAUGGCCCACCAAGCAAAUCAGACACAAGACGUGUAAAGUACUCUGUUGAUACAGGAACUUCAAUGUCUUGCCCGCAUGUUGCUGGUGUAGCCGCCUACCUAAAAACGUUCCACCCAAGCUGGUCUCCUUCCAUGAUCCAAUCCGCCAUCAUGACUACCGCUUGGCCAAUGAGUGUAUCUACUUCUCCAUUUAACGAGAUGGCCGAGUUUGCCUACGGAGCGGGCCAUGUCGAUCCGAUAGCUGCAGUUCAUCCUGGACUCGUUUAUGAAGCUACUAAAUCCGACCACAUCGCCUUUCUUUGUGGCUUGAACUACACCGGGAAGAACUUAAGACUCAUUUCCGGUGAUAGCAGCAGUUGCACUAAAGAACAAAGUAAUUCAUUACCCCGAAACCUAAACUAUCCAUCGAUGACUGCUCAAGUCUCGGCGGCAGAACCGUUCAAACUGACUUUCCAUAGAACAGUCACUAAUGUUGGUAUGGGUAACGGCACCUACAAAGCAAAGGUAGUGGGAUCUAAACUCAACGUCAAGGUGUUUCCAGAAGUCUUGUUUCUGAAGUCCUUGCACAUGAAGAAGUCCUUCAAGGUGACUGUUUCAGGCAAAGGUCCCGAAGCUGAUCAAAAUUUUGUGUCCGCACACCUGAUAUGGUCUGAUGGUGUUCAUUCUGUGAGAAGCCCCAUUGUUGUUUAUGCUACGAACUGAUUAGUCAAAAUUAGUUCUUGUCUCUAAACAUUAUCGCCAGUUAUGAUUGUUUAUUUUACUUGUCAUGAUAUGUUUGUUGUUUAGGAGGUUUCUAAUUCGUUCACCCAUUUAAAGUCAAAACAUCUUUGUCGGAUUUGCUUAUUGGUUCGAAAUUCAACAUUGUUAUAUGAGAGUUUUGAUUUAAUUUGGAUAA